AUGGUCGCGGCGGCCCCGAGGCUCCGCAGAGGCGGCUCCCGCCCGGCCCCGCGGGGCCCGCUCCCCAACGGCGCGGCAGGCGCGCGGCUCCGGCUCCGGCACUACAAGUCGGACCCUCGGCGCCCCCGCCCUCGGCGCCGCUGGAGCGCGGGAGCCGCGCGCGUCCCGUGGGCCGCACCAUCCCGCCGGCCGUCGAGGGGGAGCCGAGGGCCGGGGGCCGCUCGGCCGGCGCCGCCCGGAGCUCUCCGCCGCGGCCCCGGGGUCGGGGGGCGCUCAGCGCGGCGGGCCACCCGCCGCGGAGCGCAGGACUCAGGGCGGCCGCCGCCCCUGGGGGAGCUCGGGGGUCGUGGGGAGACGCGCCCCCCCCGGCGGGUUGCAGUGGGCCGGCCCCGGGGAGGACGGCAGCGCGGCGGGCCCUCCCGUCGGCCCGCGCGGCCGCACGCGCUGCGCAUGCGCGCGCCGGGGGCGGGGCCCGGGCGAGCGCAGCGCCGCCGGCGGCCGCCCAGCGGGGACUUGAGAUGGGGAGACAAGGUCCAGAGAGGUUAGGCCAGGGGCCAGCCAGCCUGUCCUGUGAUGGGCGAGACAGAAGACACUGCGGGCAUUGUGGUCCAGGACACCCGUUCUGACUCCUUAACCCCGCCACUGCAGCUAGACGGCAGCUGUAGAGGAACACAUGUGCCGAUGGCCGGGGCUGGCUCAGUGGCACCCCUUCCUCGAAGGUGGGCGGCCGGCCAGCUUGAGCCCGUGGGCCUCGGCUUGCUGACUGUGGGCUGGGGCAUCCAAGGUCACAGGCUCACAGACUCCAUCCCAAAGACAACACCCAACAGGUGUGAACUAACUCGCAGGUCCCUGGAGCCCCAGCCGGCACUUCCUCUACUUGGCUGCGCCAACUCUGCGGUCUCCGGAGGUCUGUCUGAGUGCUUGACCAUCAGGAAGACAGGGGAAUUAGGGCUAAUUAAUUAGUCCAAACUUUGAAGUCCGGAGAGGAAACAGCCUCAUAUUAACUGCAAACGAUCAUCCUAAGUAAUAUGCGUGUGGCACUUUCAUUAAAUUUUCUCUCAAAUCUUGAAAAAUAUGUAUCUCCUGGCUGCCAACAUUUUCAUCUUAGGAUAAUUAUGAAGCUUCCCCAAAUAGUCCUUUCUCAGUCUGCGAUCCGCAGCGGGGCACAGUGCCAGCUGCUGAGACUUGAUGGAGCUGUUUAAUUUGAGACUUAUUAGCACAGCACAGGUGAAAAUGAAUAAAGACAGUGAAAUUUACUCAGAAUGUACCCAGUGUACAUGCCUACUGUGUAGUGAUGUGCAUGGGGAAAAGAAAUUACAUGAAUCUAAAAUGAAGAUACUUCAGUGUCUAUCAAGAUAAAUUCAGGUGUUUUAGGAACAUCGUCCAAAGAUAAUAAAAAUCAUUUUACUGCGAUAAAGGCAGACAUUUCAACAUGAGACAGCCAUUCUUAUGAACAUUUAUUCACAAAAAGAAAACAAUCACAGAAUAACAAGACCAAGAAUCUUAAACUUUAAGCUUGUAACACAUUUUUGUUGUUGUUCAGUCACUAAGUCGUGUCCGAUCCCAUGGAUUGCAGAACUCCAGGCUUCUCUGUCCUUCACCAUCUCCUGGAGUUUGCUCAAAUUUAUGUCUACUGAAUUAGUGAUGUUAGCUAACCAUCUUAUCCUCUGUCGUCCCCUUCUCCUCCCGCCUUCAAUCUUUCCCAGCAUCAGGGUCUUUUCCAAUGAGUCAGCUCUUCUUUAUCAGGUGGCCAAAGUAUUGGAGUUUCAGCUUCAGG